AUGAUGCCGAAUGCAAGCAUGGCCCAAGCCGUUGGAGGGUUGACUUAUACCUCAAAAGCCUCUGCGAAACCACUCGAAGGACAACAUAUCCCUCAGGCCGGUGGAGGUUUUUGUCUGUUCUAUACAUGGGCAAAGCCUCAUGUUUCCUCUUCUUCUUCCUUUGACUUCAGAGCUCACCUCAUCAAUCAUCCAAUGACGGCCAGCCUGCAUCACCUUUCACUUCCUAAACUCUACUUUACUCUGGCGGUGUGCUUGCUUAUGUUUGCAAAGCUGGUCUCUAAUGACUAA